CAUUGGCAAAAAAACAAUAAAAUGAGGAUGAAGAUGGUAAUAAUAAUAAGUUCUGUAAGCAUAUUAUUAUUACCAUUUUGCAUAUUAGCUGAAUCGCCAGAGUAUCAAGAACAGUAUUUGCAAGGCCACAACGCUGCACGAGCAAGCGUUGGGGUUCCUCCAUUAACGUGGAAUGAAAACCUAGAAAAAAAAGCUCACGAAUUUCUGAAGAAACACAUCAUAGAUCACCUCGAGGAAAAACCAAGGCCAUCGGAGUCCCAUAAGUACGGCCAUAAUCUCGCGUGGCAUGAGGGACCCGAAAAGUUUACGGGAAGAGUGGCGACGGCGCGUUGGGUGGCGGAGAAAGCACACUACGACCAUGUAUCCAACUCGUGCAUUGGUGGUGAUUGUGAAUGCUAUGUUCAAGUUGUUUGGAAAGACACUACUGAAAUUGGGUGCGCUGAAAUGAAGUGGAAAAAGGAUUUCAUCUUUUUUGCCUGUCUCUACAGUCCUCCAGGAAACAUUCACGCUCAUCGCCCUUAUUAGUUAAUUAUUACUACCAAUGUUAUAUGCACCAUUUUUUAUAUACGGUGAAAACUUUCGUGCAGUUGUAUUCGUGUGAAGUUGAUAAUUAAAAGUCAUUAAAUAAUUUGAUAAGU